GAGAUACAUAUGCGGCUUUCCCGGAAACAUCUGACUCUGUCUUCGACCUACUUUCAGGAACUAGCGGCCAUCGGCUGGGAAGAGACCAAAGUGGAGGGUGGCUACUCAUACACAGUCACUGCCAAAGGAUGGGAUGAAGAGGCACUGAUAAUUCUGAUGAACAUUAUACAUGGCCAAACACAGAAAGUACCUCUCGAAGUCAGCCUCGAGAAAUUGGCCAAAAUCGCCGUGCUUGUUAAUCAUUACGGUUGUCAAAAGGCAGUGGACUUUUAUGCAAAAGUGUGGACCAGCCGGCUGCAAGCGCCUCUUCCUGAGACCUACAGUCGCGAACUUUUGCUGAGGCUCUUUGUAUCCUGGGUGUUUUCCGAAGAGCAUGUUUUUAAAAAGCUUACAAGGACCAUUAUAUAUGAGAGCAGGGGCCUCAUUCACACAUUGGGCUUACCAAUACCAAGGAAGCUAGUUGAUGCCCUUGAUAAAGAUCGACAACAGCUGAUUUCCGGGUUUAUAUCUGACCUCAAUUCGUUAAAGACCCGGUUAUCCAAAGAAGAAAAAGAAUGUUCUUUUGAAUGCCUGUCGAUGUCACUGGGCGCUCUCAUCAAGGGUAUGAGGGCGAUGCGUCUUGACGACCCCCAGCCAACGGAGCCUUUCAACGGAUAUAGUGUCAUGGCAAUGGAAAAGGCCCUUGGCAAUAUUAAGAUACCA